AUGGCCGGUUCGUCAAUCCUAACACCGGAAAGGCGGAUUGAGUUGAAUCCUUUUGACAUCGAUGCAUGGAACUUGAUCUUGAGAGAGUCGCAGGCGAGACCCAUUGACCAAGCGCGGAAUUUUUACGAAAAACUAGUCACACAAUUUCCUAAUGCCGGACGCUACUGGAAAGCAUACAUUGAGCAUGAGUUCACUAUCUUGCGGCAGUUCAUGUCACCCGGGCUAUCCGAUUACGGGCGCCACUUCUUCUUUCUUUUUUUGCUGUACCCCAUAUACUUUAAAGAGGAGAAUGACUAUCCAUGCAUACAGCAGUUGCGAGGGAAAAACUUCGAAAACGUAGAGAAUUUGUUCAAUCGUUGUUUGGUAAAGGUGUUAAACAUCGACCUUUGGAAAUGCUAUGUAUUUUACGUACGAGAAACAAAGGGUCAUUUAAGUUCCUUCAGAGAAAAAAUGGCGAAAGCAUAUGAUUUCGCUCUGGAUAAGGUCGGACUUGAUAUGAAUUCUUAUUCUAUUUAUGCGGACUACAUCUCAUUUCUGAAGACAGUACCUGCCGUAGGACAGUACGCGGAAAACCAACGAAUUUCUGCUGUUCGUAAGAUUUACCAGAGAGGAAUUUCAACACCAAUGGUCAAUAUAGAAUCACUAUGGUCAGACUAUUGCAAUUAUGAGAAAAAUAUCAAUCCAACCCUUGCUGAGAAACUCAUUUCCGAAAGAAACAAGGAGUAUCAGGUGUCGAAAAAGAUUGCCAAACAACUAGAAUCUGUCACUCGUGGGGUCAAUAGACAGGCAGUGUCGGUGCCACCUCGUGGUACUGCUCCGGAGAUGAAGCAAGUUGAAAUGUGGAAGAAAUAUAUCCAGUGGGAGAAAAGCAAUCCUAUGGAAACUGAAGAGUAUGGACAAUUUGCUAAGCGAGUCGUGUAUGCGUAUGAGCAGUCGUUGCUUUGUCUUGGCUAUUACCCCGAUAUGUGGUAUGAAGCGGCUCUAUUCUUACAGCAAGCAGGAAAACAACUUGAAGAAAAGGGAGACGUGAAACUUGCGCAGCAGAUGACUGCAGAAGCUAUGCAACUGUUUGACCGGGCAAUCUCAGGACUAAUGAAACACUCACAACUGCUCUAUUUUGCAUAUGCUGAUUUUGAAGAGGAGCGAAUGAAGUUUGACAAUGUGAAAAAGAUUUAUGACAACCUACUCACGAUUGAUCACAUAGAUCCUACUUUGACUUACAUCCAACUGAUGAAAUUCACCCGUCGAACGGAAGGAGUAAGGGCUGCUAGAGGAGUAUUUAAGAGGGCUCGCGAAGACAGUCGUUGUCGACAUCACGUAUUUAUAGCUGCAGCUCUCAUGGAAUUUUACUGUAGCAAGGACAAAGAUGUCGCUAUGAGAGUAUUCGAUCUAGGACUCAAGAAAUACGGCGAUGAGCCGGAGUAUGCAUGCGCUUACGUCGACUUUCUCACUCAUUUAAACGAGGACAACAACACGCGGGUAGUUUUUGAACGCAUUCUAACGUCUGAAACUCUACCACCUGAGAAGUCAUCUGACAUUUGGGAUCGAUAUCUAGAAUUUGAGAGUCUCGUUGGUGAUCUGGCCAGUACGCUUAAAGUUGAUGAAAGGCGAAAAGCUGCCGUCACAGGUGGAAAGGAUGAAGGCACCACGUUAAUGCUGAUUGAUAGGUAUCGCUUUCUUAACCUGGUUCCAUGCACGUUGGAUCAGCUCAAGCUUAUGGGUUAUAACAAAUCAAGCACUGGUAUGCUUGGAGGCAUGACUGGGGUUUCUACCGGUUCAUUAAUGACACCUCAGAGAGCGUUGCCGGCACCGCAAGCCGCCAGCGUAGUAAUGGGUGGAGUACCGAGCGUUCAACUUGAGAUUGGCGGGUAUCCUCGUCCUGACAUUGACCAGAUGAUUCCUUUCAAACCGAAAGCAAACAGUGCGGCCUCAUUCCAUCCGGUUCCUGGUGGUGUUUUCCCACCGCCACCAGCCGUUGCUGAACUCAUUUCUUUGUUGCCACCUCCGUGGACAUUCCAGGGACCAUUCGUAUCAGUUGAUCUGCUGAUUGAUCACAUAAAUAAAACACAAUUAACAGUUGGACCUGUUGUGGACAAGAAGGUGAAGCUAGAAAACGGCACAAUGUUAGGUCCAAUGAGGGUGGACGACGUCCGAAAAGAAAUGUAUCAGCUGCUUGCUACGACUCCUGAUCCCCGUUUUGUCUCCACGCAUCUCAUGGACCACUCUUCGUCCACAGUUGCUGCGGCAGUCGGUGCAAAACGAAAACGAGGUGAAUCCGGCAGUGAUGACGAGUCUAGAGGUGUUCCUACAGACAUCUACAAGCGUCGCAUGGAUAUGAAAGCGAUGCAGCAUUAG